AUUCCGCCCGUCGAAUCGCGCCAAGACCGUCCCGUCGUUGGUGCCAGAUCUUCAUUCAGUUCAACAUCAACCACCGACAACGCCAGUCUCUCUUCCAGCAUCGAUUGUCGUCCUGACUUCAAUUAGGAUCUUCAAUAUGGCUCCGACCAGAUCAUCGGCCUCGUGGCUCUCGUCAGCCCUGGCCCUAUGUGCUGUCCUCUGUCUUGCUGUGCCCGCCAAUGCCCUCUACUUCUAUAUGGACGGCCGUCAAACAAAAUGCUUCUUUGAGGACCUGCCCAAGGACACCCUGGUUGUUGGAAACUUCAAAACCGAAGUCAUCAACCAGCAGUCCAGCACGUACUCGGUCGAUCCCAGCUUAAAGAUGCUCAUCACCGUCGACGAGACGUUCGACAACGACCACCGCGUCGUCUCAAAGCGCGACGGCCACGCCGGCCGCUUCACCUUCUCCGCCGCCGACGCUGGCGAGCACAGAAUCUGCCUUACACCCGACACCAACGCUGCCGUGGGCGGCUGGCUGUCCGGUGCCCCCGCGGGCGCCGUCAGGGUGAACCUCGAUAUUGCCAUCGGCGAGACGAGCAAGAUCGAGACCGAGGACAAGGACAAAAUGAAGGAUAUUGUGCAGAAGGUCAAGGAUCUCAAUGGGCGGUUACAGGACAUUCGCCGUGAGCAGGUGUUCCAACGGGAGCGUGAAGCUGAAUUCCGUGAUCAAUCCGAGGCUACCAACGCCCGUGUUGUCCGCUGGACACUCAUCCAACUCGCCGUGCUGUCCGCUACAUGUGCCUGGCAACUGUCGCAUCUCCGGUCCUUCUUCAUCAAGCAGAAGCUGACGUAAGGGGGUGAAGUUGGGCGCAGGAGAGGGAGACUAGUCGGCGGACAUCUGUUGCAUGGGAAGUAGCGUUCUUUUUCUCUCGAUCUGUAGUAUCUCUACUUGAUAUAUCCGCGGACCCCCCAGCUACUAAGACGGACAUAUAAAUGUUGACUGUCUACGCUUGUUUGUCGGGGUAUCUCGGCUGGUUGAGAAGACUAGAAGAAAAUGACCUGUGAUGACACUGCGGGCUGGGACACUCAUACUAUCCUGGGUUCUAUCUGUUGCAUUUCCAGCGUUCUGUUGUUAUAGUUGUGGAUUGAGCUUGAUAUGGAUGUAAUGACUUGGUUUACAAACCAGUGCCCUUCUCUGCGUUCUUCAUGUAGUCCGUACCGGAAACAAAGUGCCUGUCAGAUGGCCAAUCC